AUGGGUUGCGGUAGUUUUUUCGGCCUUUCUUUAUAUUGGUGGCAAAGUACACUCAGUUUUUCUUUCAUGCCGUUUCAAUUUAUUUUCUCCGUAGCUAAGGAAUUCUUUCAGUGCGUAGCUAUCAAUAAAUUCGCUCGUGUGUUCAACAUCACCGAUCCUUCAGAUUGGAUUGCAAGAAAUUGCCAGUUAGCAACAAGAUACUUUCGACAAGCCUCAUGCCCUCAAAUUCAAUCCUUAAUUGAGUCAUGCUUUGUGUUUGCUUAA